GUUCUCAUUGGAACGGUGAAAUUAUUCCAAGCAUGAUCGCAUUAUGCCGCAAAAAUUGGUGAAUUCGAUGUUCGAGGAACAGAAAGGCGUUAGGCAAAUGAUCCAUUUACGUGGGAGAGAGAGUUCCCCGCAUUACGUGAUCCUACACUCGGACGACGAGAGUGGCGCGGACGAGGAUAACAUCUCGUUGCAAACCGUCAAACGACCCGCGUCGUUGGGUCGAAAGAUUCAGGUGAUCAACGUGCAGAUAAGACCCGAGGACACCCUGCAGGCGUUGGCUCUCCGUUACAGAUGUACAAUAUCUGAAUUGAAACGAAUUAAUAAAAUCGACAAAGAGAAUGAAAUAUAUGCUAAGCCUUAUAUUAAGGUUCCCGUGCAACCAUUCUCUAUUUUAACCGAGACGCCGCCUGAAAGUCAGGGCGAUAAUGCUAUCGCCACCGCCACGUCGGUGCAAUGUCAGGGGGAGGCGCCCGCGCGAACGGAGGAGCAACUGAUAGACCUGGGCGCCACGUCGACGAGCACCGAGUCCUCGAACACGGAGAUUAACACGAUCAUACUGAACUCGGUGUGCGAGCCUCUGUCGUCCUACAACAGCAGCGCCGAUAGCCCCGAGAUCUCGCACACGGAGCACGACGUGUUGCUCGAGGGCAACGCCGAGAAUGCGGGAACGGCCGAAUUCUGCGAGCCAGACAUGUUCAAAUGCUCCGGCGACAACUGGGGCCUGUCCUGGACGCAACUGCUCGUGUUCUCGCUGCUGUUGAGCUUCGCAGGGCCUAUUAUAUAUAUACUUUAUAUUACGGAAUAUUCAGUUAAAACAAACGUAACUGUGAGCAAUUGAUAUUCCCUAUAAAGAUAUGUAUUAGGAUAGAAAAUCAUGAGGAUAAGAGUAUAUAUUCUGCGUACAGAUACAAUUUCCAAGUUGAAUGAAAAACUGAAUUUGUAAGAUCUUCCAAUUAUCGUAGGUAUGAUUAUUCUCUCAUGUACUAUAUAGAUCUACAGAGAAAUGUUUGCCAACGACGGUAGCAGUUGAAGCUACAAGUUUGUACAGUUGUACCAAGAAUAUAUCUUCUUAUCCUAUUUUUGUAUCGUAACAAUGUAACAGUUCAAAGAACUGCCUCUUGAGUGAGAUCUUUUUAUCAAAGCUAUAAGUGCUAUAACUAUUAUUAAUAUGAAAUUAAAUUCUAAUAUAUUCAAUAAUAGUAUAUUAAGUUUAUUACUUUUUAUAUAGAAAAAUUAUUAACUUGUUAUACUGCAUUACUAUAGUAUAACAAGUUGAUAAACAUAAUUGUGAUAGUUUUGACAAAAUUGGGCUAAUAAAAAUGACUGGAUAUUGUUAAAGGAAAAAAGUAGAGAAAGCAUUAGAAAAUGUAGGAACAGUGCCUUUAUAACUCGAAUUCUCUAUUGUUGAUCUAAAUACUACAAAAUGGAUCUGUCAUACUUUUAUAAUUAAAACCAUUUAAACUAUUUAAUAUUGCAGAUUAUUUCAACAAUAUUUAUAUAAUUAUAAGAAAUAUUAAUUUGUUUUGUAACAAACUAUUCUCUCUAUUAACAUAAAUGCAGCAUAUUUAUUAAUAUGCUAUUGUCUUCUUUCUAAAAAUAAAAAAUUUUUACAAUUUACAAUAUAUGUAAAUUAUUUUUAUAUACUUGUUGAAAUGACUGAAAUAUAUUUUUAAAAACUGAACGCGACACAUUAUUUAAUGAUUCCUAAUUGUAUUUGUAAUGUGUAAAUAAUUAAAAAAAUUGAUUCCUUUGAUUCA